AUGGCUGAGAAUGCGUUGCCACAAGCAGAACAACCCGCACACGUGGAUGCUGCCGUAAAUACUCCAGUUCAGGUUGAUUCAAACGAUGAUGGAGUCGACCAGGAACUAGAACUAGAGCAAAUGAGGAGUACAUUGAAAGAUUCGAAAUUUAUUAGGUAUAAAAGUCGUUGUGGAAAUGCGCAGUACGCCUCUCGACAAUCAACCGCGACUUCCCCAAAUAGCCUUAAGAUAUCGGAAUCGGGCAUCGUUUUUGGCGCCGCAUUGGCAGUAUGCCGUAUUAUAGGCGCCAAGCUUUCCACGGCUGGACGCGCUACUGGACAAAUAUCCUAUAUCCCAGCCUGGAGAAUAAGAAUUGAGGAACAUAUCGCAAAGUCUAGGGCGCUCAUAGGCAGACUGAUAUGCUUCAGAUUAGCCAAUAACAGGCCAAGGAUCCUGCUCACAAGCAGGAUGAAGUUGGCUGGGACAAAUGUCAGUUUUGUCCUAUCCCAUUAUGUCUUACCAUAUCUUAUCCAAUUUGUUAAAAACCGUUACCUUAGGAGAUUUUUCUAUUUCUUAUAG